ACUGUGAACGCACCCCUAGCUUGCUCCUUAGCGGUAUAUUUGGAUUAGACGGAGUAUUAGCUAAAGAAAAUGGGUGACGACUUGGGUGACGAGUGGUGGCAACACGAGUACAAAUCAGAUGCAUCUGAGGUGGAGGAGGAGGAGACGGAACAAAAGAAAAAGCCAGCAGAAAAAACAAAGACAAAACCAGAGAAGAGGAAGAUUGUAACAGAGAAGCCUGCUAAAGCCAAGAAGAAGAAAAAUAAUGAGCAGAAGGAGCAGAUGAUCCCUCCAAGGAAGGAGACUCAGGAUGAAAAGUCUGCUAAACCCCCCAAAAAGAGAAAGAAAAAGAAAACAAUAACAGAUGUCUUGGCCACCUCUGAGCCAAAACCAGGCUGUCCAGCUGACCUGCAGGAUCUGGUUACGCAGUACUUUAAAGACAAGCGGUCUGUAAUUGAGCAGGAGGAGCUCAAAGUGCAGGACUCCUUUUUUCUGUCCAGUAAUGACUUGACACACACCCUCUCUUCUUAUCUAAAACAGAUUGCUCCCAAGUGGGCAAAGAUUCAAAAGCAGCACACGGAAAAAAGUUCUGUGGUUCUGCUUGUCGUCUGCAGCUCUGCUCUCCGAACCAUCGAGCUCAUCAAGCAGCUGACUAGUUUCAAGGGUGAAGCCAAAGCAGUGAAGCUUUUUGCGAAACAUAUCAAGAUAGAAGAGCAGGUGAAGCUGCUGCAGAAAGGCAUCUACCACAUAGGGGUGGGGACACCAGGGAGGAUCAGUGCUCUCGUUGAGAGAGAGGGUUUGAGCUUGCAGGCAUUGAGAUACCUGGUUCUGGACUGGAACUGGCGGGACCAGAAGCUCAGAAGGAUGGUGGACAUUCCUGAGAUCAAACAGGAUCUUAUGAAGCUGUUGGAGAGUGGCGUCUUGGCUCGCUGUAUGGAAGACAAAGUCAAAAUUGGACUAUUUUAACUGACUGCUUGACAUUUAAAGAGACUUUGUCUUCACUAUUCCUUGUGCUGAUCCUGUCCCGAGCUUUUAAUAUUUCCAGAGCCUGUGUGAAAUGUACAGCAUUGUUUGUUCACUUUUGUGACUAACACAAUGUCAGGGAGUGUGAUCAAUGAAUAAACAGACUUCAAAUUAAA